GGGAAAGUUUUAUCUGUUUCCCGGAAGUCCAAAAGUAAGAAAAAACAAAUAAAUAAAAGAAAAUUGUGGUUGUGUCCGAUAGUGGAAUUCUUUUCCCCUCUCUUUAUCUGUUUAUCACCGUCAUAUAUCCUCAUAUCCUAUCUUGACGUAUUACCAAAAAAUAAGGGAUUUUAUAUUCAAUCAAUUAAAAUUUCCUAGCAUUAAUUCCUGUUUUUUUGAUCGGAAUCGCAUCAAAUUUGGUUUUUGAUUUCUGGGUUUAUUGCAAUUAUUGAUGAAUAUUAGUUUUGAGUAUCUGGGUAUUGCCUAAAAAUCAUAACUUUGAUCAAACUUGAUCUGGGUAAUAAAGAAAUAAUGAAAUCGGUGUCACUUGAUUAUUGGAGGGAGUAUUUUAGGACAGCGAAUUCAGAUGUAUUUGGUAUAAUCGAUCAUGCGAUUAUGGUUGCAGCUUCGGAUUGUCCUAAAGAGUUUAGGCUGCGCAGAGAUGGAAUUGCAGAGCGUUUAUUCUCGUACAGAUUGAGUCGUUGUUCGGGUUGUAAUCGGGUCGAGUCUGCUCAUGAUGAUGAUGAUCUUGAUGGUGAUGAUGAUGAUGAUGAUAUUGAUAUUGGUGUUUGUGAGUUUGAGGGCGGAGGUACUAGCAAAGAAAGUAAAGUUAAUAGCUCUAACAAUAGGGAUAUUGUGAAUGAUGAUCAGUUGGUGAGUAAUUAUAGCUAUGGAGACGCUGAGGCCUUAACUGAUGAGAUUGAGCAAGAGUCUAUGGUUGUUGGUGAGGUCUUGAGGAUCAAAGACAUUCUUCUCAACGGCCGGGACGAGUCUGAUUCUGUGUUGUUUGAAUCAUUGAGGAGACUUCAGUUGAUGGCUCUCACUGUCGAUACGCUUAAGGCAACCGAGAUUGGAAAGGCUGUAAACGGCCUUAGGAAGCAUGGAUCAAAUGAAAUUCGUCAUCUUACUCGACUUCUUAUAGACGGAUGGAAGGUAUUGGUGGAUGAAUGGUAUAGUACUACCAAGACUAUCAGAGCUGAUGAAGGUACUCCUGAGUCGGUGAAUCCAUCUGUUGUUGAUGAAGAAGAAGGACUUCCGUCGCCUCCAUUAGAUGAAGCAUUUUUCUUUGCUAGUCAAACCACGGGCAUAGAGCUCUCACAGUUCUUUGAUGGCAUGGAUGACGAUGGAAAUCCUAGAAACCAUGGGGAAUUCAUCAAGAAUCGUGAUAAUGGAAGAAAAACAUCACCAGAGCAUCAGAAUAUCACAAAGCGGAAACAACAAACUCCCAGUGAGGCGAAUGUUGUUGCCAAGGACAGUAAGAGUCAACAGAUAAGAAGGCAAGAAGCUACCGUCAGGCCUGAUAAGCCCUCGACAAAUAGCUCUGCCCCAGGGAGACUUCAAAAACAAAGUAGCGAACAAAAACUACAGCGAAAACCAGAUAAACUUAUCAGUCAGAGAAAGCCUCCAAGUGGUCAACAAGAUAAAUUCAAGUGUUCAGAUGACGUUGCUGUCCAAAAGAAACUUGAAGCCUCGAAAAGGAAACUCCACGAGCGAUAUCAACAAGUUGAGAAUGCCAAGAGACAAAGAACGAUACAAGUGAUGGAACUACAAGAUCUCCCUAAACAAGGGCUUAUACAAAAGAAUACACAUAUGAGACCUGGAAGCCAUAAUCGACAUCGGGCGCAAGGACGGCGAUAAAUUUCAUAGCGUUUUUGCAAUUUGAGUUUUAGUAGCCGAAUUCUUAGUUCCUUUUGUUGUGAAUGGCAGCAGAAGGAUACUAAUAACUCUGGGGAAUACUUCCACAUGAUCAACAAUUGAAAUUACAUGCAUUGAUCUAGUUUCCAGGGAAAUAAACAUCUGAUACUACACAACACGUUGAGAGAUAGAGACUCGGAACAUCCCGAAAGGGGAGGGCAGGGCGGGGAUGCUUGACUCGGUAUCUGAUAGAAACCUUUGAUUCAACAUAUUUAGUUUCAUUAUUUAGUGGAUGGCAAUGAUAAAAAUGAUUUAUACAGAAUAAUAAGUGAUUCUCAUUAAACAUUUUGUAGAAUUGUUCAUCUUAUAUUAUAUGUCUAAGCUAACAGUUCCCUCUUCCUUUUAAA